CUGGGUAGCAAAGCUGUUCCAGGCCUGCGGCUUAGUGGCGGUUGGUCCCUGAGGCUCUGGAAGGCGCGGUUUGCGGGGCGCUGUCGCCGGGUCCCUAUCGCAGAGCCGAGAACCUGACCGCGCGGGCUGGGGUAGGUGAGGGCCCGCCCUGCCCGAGCCACGCCGGAGUGCGCUGGGCUCGGCUCCAUCCCGAGCUCGCGGACACCAGGCCUGCCAGGCCGGCGCGCAGGUGGAAGACCCGAGCUGGGCCCAUUAAGGGGGGUGGCGCUGCGCGCGGGUCAGCUCCGGGCUCGGAGCCCGCGCCGUGGCGGGACGGGGCCGUGGUGGGACGGCGCUGUGACGGCGUCUGGACCGUGUGACGAGGGCGGUGGAUGCGGAGCGACGGGAAGCCAGGCCGGGGCCCUGUUCCUCCAGCCCGCGCGCUCAGUUCUGUUCUCUCCCUGCCAGCCCUGCGUUUGCUCUCCUGUUCCCCGUGGGCCCUGCUGGAGCCAUGGCUCAGGGUGGUGCUCAAGCCUGUGUGCUUUCUCCGGACCCUGCAGAGUGGACCGGCUUUCUACGCAUGCUCAUGAAUCAUCUGCAACGUCUCCUACUUACCAUCCUCAGGGGCCCACACAGGGAGUCUGCCACAGGGGCUCAACUGUUGGGAGCCAUCCUGGUGCUUGAGUCAUAAGUGCCCUUAUGACAUCAUAGGUCUCCCUUCUCCAUUCUUUGUCUCUAUGCCAUGGCUAGAGGAACACAGACCUGAGGGGAUUUGAACCAUCUACACCCAAUCCAUGUGGGACCAAUGGAGAAGGACCAGCCUAAAACAAUAAAUGAACAGGCUGAAAAUGAGCCUCUGAAGAAUGAGGGGCUGACCUCUUUACCGCCAGUGCAAGCACCACCACCGACCUUAGAGAAGAAGGCGGAGAUCCCAAGAACCCCAAAUAGGCCUCCUGUCAGUUAUCCAGAAGUAGUCAAGAUCCAGGCCUGGUGGCGGGGCACCCUGGUGCGCAGGACGCUGCUGCACGCGGCACUCCAGGUGUGGAUCAUUCAGUCCUGGUGGAAGCAAACACUGGUGAAGCUGGACCAAAGGAGGCGGCGGGCAGCCCUGGAGAUCUUUACUCAGAAGGAGUGGGCAGCAGUCAGGCUACAGUCCUGGGUCCGCAUGUGGCGCAUCCGUCGGCGCUACUGCCGUUUGCUCAGUGCUGCCCGCAUCAUCCAGGCCUACUGGAGGUGCCACUCCUGCGCUUCCCGGGGCUUCAUCAAGGGCCACUACAGAGUCACGGCCAACCAGCUGCAUCUCGAACUCGAGAUCUUGCUGGGCUCAGGGCCUUGCAUUGUGACAGAGUGUAUCCCCCUUCCAAUAAAGCAGUGAAGUGAUCUUUCCCA